CGUUGGAGUGAAAAACAAAAUGUUUUGUUAUCAGUGGGAACUUUCAUCGUAUGGAAAAUUAUUUGCGGAGUUUUUAAGUUAGAUCUGUAAUGGAAUAACAGUGUCCCUUUCGUGGAUGUCAUGAAAAUCGUUUACAAGUUCGUUGGGGCUGCACUGUUGUAAUUUCCGAGCAAAUGCGCGCCAAUUAUGGCCAUGAUUGAGACAGUCCGUCAGAGACAGAAGAACUCCGUUGAUUUUCCUUCGUGUUACGAUAAUCUGUGUGCUUUGCAGAACUCAUGUCCUCUGGGAUCAAUCACUGCGAAUCUAGAUGAACUCACCAUUGAUUGCAAUGCCGAUCGGAUCCGCCAUUCGGAUUGGAUGCCAAUCUUGAACGCACUUAAGAUCAACAAGACGUUGAAAAGUGUCGCAUUCAGGAGUUACUGGCAGCAAACACUUUAUCCAGAUGGAGAGGUAACAGAGCAACGUUUGCAAGCACUGAGGAAGAAAGCACCUCCAAUCCGUAGCAAGGAUGUCACAUACAGGGUUUGCAGAGCCAUCAAAGAGUGUUUAGCUGUUACAGAGAAUUUGACAUCUCUGGUUUUUGAAGGAAUUCCUCUGAGAGAAAGAGACCUGACCUGCCUAGCAAAGGGUAUAAAAAAGAACAAAACUCUACAGCAUUUGUCCUUGGAGUUCUGCCAAAUCGGUGACAGUGGCGUUGAAAUCCUCUGCAACGCGAUAAAAAAUAACACGUCCGUGAUGACUGUGAACUUCUCUGGCUGCAGUCUAACCUGGAAAGGAGCAGACACUCUUGCUAAAGUGAUAAAGCACCAAGCAACAAGACGUCAUGGUGUCGCGUGGCAAGACAGCCUGCGGUAUCGUCGUCCAGAUCUCGACAGAAUGCCUGGACUUCGGCGAAUAACCAUUUGUAAAAAUCCAAUGAUUAACGAUCAGGGAGCUCAGUUGAUUGCUGAAGCACUCAAAGAUGAUCUCUGGGUUAAAGCUUUGGAUAUGCAACAGUGUGGGAUUUCAACCGAGGGUGCAAUGGCCUUCCAGCCGGUCUUAAAGUUCAACUCCACCAUUUACGUGUUGGACCUCAGACUAAAUCCUUUGAUAGAUCGCGAAGUUUUUGGAUCAUUGAUGGAGCAACUGAUGAUUAAUUGUGGAGAGAGCGAGUUGGAAUAUCCAUGGUUAGUGAUAAGAGAGCCAAAACCAGGACGAAUACGUCCGCAGAAACGAAAGAGCGCGGCUACACAGCAGGGCAUGCGGGCAGGAAGGACUGGUGUUUCGAGGAGUGCUGUUGUCGUGUCAAAGAAGUCUUCUGGUUUCAUUCCUUGGAGAACAGCAGCUAGAGUAGGAAAGAACAGGCACAAACUUGGACGACAAAAUGCACAAGACGGCUCGUCAGUUAAGAAAAAGAAGGUGAAGUCUUCUGUAAGCAAACCUCGAGCCACAAGUUCACCGUUGGCGUCUGAAGAAGAUGACCUUCCAUCGCACCGAACGAGUACCACUGAUUCCUCUGUUGAUAAUCGUGAAAAAUUAAAGGACAUGCAGUUAGAGAUGGAACUUCUCAAACGCCGGCUUGAAGACGAAAGUCGAGCGCGUGCGACAGCCGACUCGAGAAUACUCGAAUUGCAAGUCGAGAACAGAAGACUGCAGCAAGAAAUACGACUUUUGAAGACACAGCAAACAUUACCACCAGCUCGUCCUGUGUCUCUGAAUGGCACGUUCUUGAACACGGUCCCUGAGAAACAAAAGAUCGGAGGAGCGAAAACCAUUCUUGAAGACGACCGCGUACUGGAGAGUAUCGAAGCGUCUUUCAGACAAUUCCAUGGUUUCUUGGAUCUGCUGAAAGGAUCCAAGUUCAGUGAUCUGGCGCAUGUUCUUGGAGAGAACAGCAGCUUACCUGAGCCUGACAAUGGCCUUUCACCAAUAACAGAAGAGUCCUCUGGUACUGCAAGAUGACGAUUGGCUAAGAAUUUCAUUUCAAAUUGGCCCAUGUAAAAUGGCUCUUUUAAAUUUAUCUUCGUGCCUAACGUCCCUAUCGACAAUACUGUAUAGACAUUGAACCAGUUACCUCGAAGUUUAUUUACGAUUUAAGGUUUAUUUUGUGUUUUUUUUUAAAAUACACGAUACAAAGAUACUAGAUCGUUUCUCUUUUUAAAACCAGCAAAAGUUUUGUUACCUAAUUUGUUACUGUUUGUUAAUUCAUCUUGAUUUUCAUCCCGUAUAUUAAG